CCCGGACCCCUGCCGGUGGGGCAGGAGACCCUUGAGGAGCGAUGACAGAAUAUAAGCUUGUGGUGGUGGGCGCUGGAGGCGUGGGGAAGAGCGCCCUGACCAUCCAGCUGAUCCAGAACCACUUUGUGGACGAGUACGACCCCACCAUAGAGGACUCGUACCGGAAGCAGGUGGUCAUCGAUGGGGAGACCUGCCUGCUGGAUAUACUGGACACGGCAGGUCAGGAGGAGUACAGCGCCAUGCGGGACCAGUACAUGCGCACCGGGGAAGGCUUCCUCUGUGUGUUUGCCAUCAACAACACCAAGUCCUUUGAGGACAUCCAUCAGUACAGGGAGCAGAUCAAGCGGGUGAAGGACUCGGACGACGUGCCCAUGGUGCUGGUGGGGAACAAAUGUGACCUGGCCGCACGCACCGUGGAGUCUCGGCAGGCUCAAGACCUGUCCCGAAGCUACGGCAUCCCCUACAUCGAGACGUCGGCCAAGACCCGGCAGGGUGUGGAGGAUGCCUUCUACACGCUUGUGCGUGAGAUACGGCAGCAUAAGCUGCGGAAGCUGAACCCACCUGAUGAGAGCGGCCCGGGCUGCCUGAGUUGCAAGUGUGUGCUCUCCUGACGGCAGCACAGGCUCUGGAUGUGGAGAUGCCGGAUGCUGGGAGCAGGCGCAGACGGAAGGAAGGAGGGAAGGAAGGAAGGAAACGCCGCUGGAGCCCAGCCAGCCCAGGGACAGUGGACAGAGGUGACUGCAGACCCUCCCACGGACGCUUUGCACAGACUGUCAUGAACUGUCCCAAAUGCCAUCGGCACCCUGGCCUUUUAUGCCCCUCCCAGCCCUCUUCAGGCCCCUGCUGGGCGCAGGUUGAAUCACAGUAAAUUAUUUGAUGGUCUCGA